CGACGUCGGACGAGCACGCACCAACUUUGCUCUCAACCUUGACCAUGCUACGAACCACAACUCGACGUGUUCUGCUUCCACGCACGCUGUGGGCGAGUCCUCGGACAAUAAUUCCGACGACACAGCUUAGUCUGAGCCUGAGAGCCUACGCCGUAGUUGCAUCGAACGCACCAAAGAAGAGAAAGGUCUGGGACUCGGUGGACGAGGCUAUCAAGGACGUAAAGUCCGGCGACGUCCUUCUCAGUGGCGGAUUCGGAUUAUGUGGUACACCGGACACGUUGAUCGAGGCACUGUCUGAGAGGAAGGACGUGCAGAAUCUUACUGCAGUGUCAAACAAUGUUGGUUCUGGCGAACUGGGCCUCGGCAAGCUGCUACAUUCCGGACAGCUAGACAAAAUGAUGGCCUCCUACAUCGGAGGCAACAAGCAUUUCGAAUCCCUGUAUCUCUCCGGCAAGAUAUCUCUUGAGUUGAUUCCUCAAGGCACGCUUGUCGGUCGCUUGCGUGCGCACGCAGCCGGCAUUCCUGCAUUCUACACCCCGACCGGUGCGUCGACCGCGGUCGAACACGGCACUAUUCCUAUUCGCUACAAUGAAGGUGGCUUCAAAGCUGGCGUCAAGAUUUCCGGAAACAAGAAAGAGGCGCGGGUGUACAGUGAUCGACGCUACCUCCUGGAACCUGCUAUCGCAGGCGACGUCGCAUUCAUUCGUGCCUGGAAGGUCGAUGAAGUUGGAAACUGCGUCUUCAGGUACACACAGAACAACUUUUCGUCCGCCAUGGCACGAAACGCGAGGUUGACUAUUGUUGAGGCCGAGAACAUCGUCCCGAUAGGGUCCAUAUCGCCAAACGCAAUCCAUGUUCCUGGGAUUUACGUCGAUCGGAUCGUGAAGGCGACAGCGCCAAAACAAAUCGAAUUUGCGACAUUGGCCACGGAAUCUUCGGGACAGCCAGCUCAGGGUGACCAGGGUUCGCUGUCGCCGGAGAAGCUCAAAGCCCAGGAGCAAAGACACCGAAUUGCACGUCGCGCGGCCAAGGAGCUCAAAGAUGGCUUUAACGUGAACCUGGGUAUCGGCAUGCCCACACUCGUACCUGAGUUUCUCGAGCCCGGUGUGAAGGUGUGGCUGCAAAGCGAGAACGGCAUUCUGGGUAUGGGACCAUACCCUACGAAGGAGCAAUUGGAUGCCGAUAUCAUUAACGCCGGGAAAGAGACCGUGACUCUGCUUCCUGGCGCUUCGGUCUUCGAUUCUGCCGAGUCCUUCGAUAUGAUUCGUGGGGGCCAUAUCGACGUCGCUAUCCUUGGGGCUAUGCAAGUCUCUCAGGCAGGAGAUAUCGCGAACUUUAUGAUCCCCGGCAAGAUGGUCAAGGGCAUUGGUGGCGCGAUGGAUCUCGUGUCCAACCCUGAUAAGACGAAGGUGAUAGCUGUAAUGGAGCACUGCGCGAAGGAUGGCAGUCCUAAGAUCCUAAGCGAGUGCUCGUUACCGCUGACCGGAGCGCGCGCUGUCAGCCAGAUCAUCACAGAGCUCGCAGUGUUUGGUGUCGACAGGCAUGCUGGCAAGCUGGUAUUGACUGAAAUUGCCGAGGGCGUGACGGUGGACGAGGUGAGGGCCAAGACCGGGUGUAAAUUCGAAGUUGGGAGUAAGGUCGGAACUAUGUAAGCCUUGGGUGGGCUUGUCGACGAUGUGCAGCUCCGGGGGGAAGGGGGUGUUAGAUGCGGGGAAAUGUAGCGAUGUAUAGGCUUGUGUCUUGGCGUGUCUCGCUGUUCAUGUACACUACCAAUAUUUGUCUGAGAAUCGUGUAAAUAUCAU